AUGGCAACAAAAGCUACACUCACUGUUUUUCUGUUUUUAAGUCUCUUUGGACUGAACAGCAGCCUCAACAGAAAACACUAUUAUGUGAAUAAAAGUAUGACGUGGUCAGAUGCACAGUUGUACUGCCAGAAUUACUAUUAUGAUCUGUCCACCGUAAGCAAUGGUGAACUGCAACCACUCUCGAAUAAUCUGCAGAUCACUGAGGAUUUAUACUGGAUUGGACUCAGGGGACAUAAUCUGCUGUGGUGGUGGUGGACAUGGACCGGAGGUGAGGUUGCGACUGAUAUCCAGUGGGACGAUCGACAACCAAAUCAUAAUGGUGAAUAUUGUUGUGCUGUCAAAAAGUCCUCUUCUAAAGUGCAUGAUGUUGAUUGUGACUGGCUUAUGCCAUUUUACUGUAUGGAUGUCCUGGACCUGACUGUGGUGCAGCAGGAGAGCACAUGGGAAGAGGCCCUGCUAUACUGCAGACAAAACUACAAAGAUCUGGCCACACUGAACUCAGAUGAGCUCAUGAAAGAGGCAAGAGUUAAGAGCAGUGCAGCCCUGACUGAUGACGUGUGGAUGGGUCUGCGCUUUAUUGCUGGGCACUGGUUUUGGGCAAAUGGGGAAGAUUUUGAAUAUAAGGUCUGGUCUUCAGAUGAAGAGCUGCAGUGUCCUGCCAUGAAUCAGCGCUGUGCAGUUCUGAACCGUAAUAGUAUGGUUUGGAAACCUGUGGACUGUGAGCAGAGAUUCAGCUUUCUCUGUGCCAAUAAACCAUGA